AUGCGGUUUGCCCAUGGAGUUCUCUGGAAAUGGCUACCGUCUCGCCGGAGUGAUGCUACAUCCAUUUUCCUCGUCCUGAUAGCACUCCCCUGGGUGUUUGCUCAACCACCUCCACCAGGUCCCCAUGAAGAGAGCGGGGACGGCGAUGAGGUCUCUCACGAUCAUCAUGAUCAUGGUCGUGGUGGUGGUUUUCUCGAAGAGAAGCUGUUGAUCUUGGCGAUUGGCUUGGCGCUUGGUGGCGCACUGUUUAUUUUUCUUCUGCGGUGGUGGAAGAUCCGUGCGGAGAAACGGAAGAUCCUCAUGCGCUCUGACACUGAGAUCGAAGUUUUGCCACUGGGAGAGGCAGCCAAGAGUGUGCCGAAGUACUGGACAGGCUUCCGCGAGAGCAAAAAUGACACUAGAGCCAAGGCUACCGAGGACUUGGCCUUUGAUGAGCUUCACUAUGCGCCACAUGAGGACAUGAAGUUUUUUCAGGAUAUGUUGAACAAAACCUACAAGGACAUUGUCACCCGCGAUCGCAAGUGCCCCACGCAGACGCACGGCUCCACAGCGGGAGGCUGCCCCUGCGUGCAGAAGGAUGGAGAUCCAGGUUUACCCACAGGCUAUCAGCUGCUGAGAGCCAUUCGCGUGGAGGACUCCGCCAUGUUCCGUCGCUACACGGAGCGCCGCGAGCGCAUCAAGCAGUGCCGGGAGGGCUGCGAGCCGCUGGAGCCGACGACGCUGACGCGGCAGGCCAUUGAGUCAUACACCAAGUCCUGGUUGCCCAUGUGGAUUUGGAGCAAAGAACCGCCCAUUGCAGAGCUGGACCAUAGCUUAAACGAGGUGUAUCUCUGGCAUGGCACACCUGUGCGGCAGGGCUUGGCAAUCGCUCAGGAUGAUUUCAAGAUCAGUCUUGCUGGAAGUGGCAAUGGAUCCAUGUUUGGCGAAGGUUUGUAUUUUGCUGAAAGCUGCACCAAAGCAGACGAAUAUGCGCGAGAUGACACUGGACAUUACAGCGACGUUCGAGCGCUGUUGCUUUGUCGUGUUUGCAUGGGACGCAUUCACUACACCACUGAGCCAGAGCCAGAUGCGCUGCAGAAGUUUCUGGAUGGGGAGCGUGACAGUACCCUGGCGGACUUGGCGGCGAGCCGCAACACCUUCCGGGAGUUUGUGGUCUACGACGCGGAGCAGGUCUAUCCGGAGUAUGUGCUGUUAUACAAGCGCUUGCACCAGAGUGAGACACCAGAACCACUUCCAAAAGAGCUGCCCUUUCUCUUGGAACUGCCUUUGUAUUGGAAGAACGUCUGUGAGAAUCCGCACAGUCCGGGAUUUCGAGAACACUGGCUAGUGAAGGAGAAGAUCCGUGAGCUCAUCGAGCGUUUAGCGAAUGGCACCAGUUCCCUUGGGGGACCUUACACCGUGGCGAAGGUGAUGAGGGUGGAGGAUUCCAAACUCUGGCUGCGCUAUAUGGAAACCAAGCACCAACUUACCCUGGAGGCGCAAAAAACUCGCUUCCCGCCACCAAAUGAACUGGAUGGGAUGCCCCGUUCUGGGCAUUCUUUGACCGGUUCCAUCGUCCAAGAAUUCCAUGGGGACGAAGCGAUUUCGGUGGAAACCAUGUCACCUGGACUCAAUGAGUUGCUAUUGUGGCAUGGAACCUCUGAAUGGGGUGCAAAGGGCAUUGCUUCGAAGGGCUUCCGGGUGGGACAGGCCAAGCACGGCCGACGCUUUGGCGAUGGGGUGUACCUGGCGGAAGAUCUCGCAAAGAGUUUGGCCUAUUGCAACAGGGGUGCCAACGGGCACAGAUAUGUCUUGUUGUGCAGAGCGCUUUGUGGCAACAUGUACUAUACGGAGUCCUACGGCUUGGAUAGCAUCGUCCCCGAGGAUGCACACUCGAUCCUGGCGUACCCUGAAAGAAAUAGUCCGCGGGAGUUCAUUGUCUUUAACGAGAGCCAUGUGUACCCUGAAUACAUUAUUGAGUUCCAGUAG